GUGACCCUGCUCGUCCAAGGAGCCUGGAGGGCCUAUCGCGGAGUACAUAAGCGAAUCGGCGGCGAUGAUCGCGGCGUGCUCGUGCUCCCCGGACAGCUUUGGACGCCCGUAAGUACUUGGCACGCAGCGCCACAACUGACACUCCAUCAGCAUGCUCCAUAUCCGUGACGAUGGUUUGGGUCCGGAGCCCGAACGCGCGAAGAGUCAUGUUGGUGUCGCCAUUCAAUGCCUGAUCUCGAGCUUUUAGGAAGUCAAUCGACCGGAUAUAUAAGCAGUAGCCGCCCCGCGAGCGAUCCCCUCCCGUCUCGCGACCUACGACUUCACGACCUUCGCGGUUCGUCUGUGACAGCUCCGCCUUCACUGCUUGUGUCCUGCCAGUGUUUGCGCCAGCGCUGCUGCCAUGUCGUCUACAGCGUACGAGCCCGAACGGGUCCAUGGCCUCAACGAGCUGAACCACACUGCGAGCUCGCGCGGCUCGUCGGACGAGAAAAACCUGGCCAAGGAUCACGAACACGACCACGAUGAUCACUUCGACUACACCGCGCCGGAUAUCACACGGCCAUUCCCCCCGGAAGAGGGUGAGAUCGAGGAGACGCACCAGCUCACUAUCCGAGCGGUGUUUGUAGGAUGCUGUCUGGGCGCGGUGGUCGGUGCGUCGAACAUCUACCUCGGACUCAAGACUGGUUUCACAUUCGGACCGCAACUGUUCGGUUCCAUCCUCGGAUUUGCGAUCAUCAAGCCCAUCUCCAAGGCGCUCCCAGAGUCCGGCAUAAUUGGCCGCCUAUUCGGGGGCCCUUUCGGUCCCAAGGAGAACUGUACGGUGCAGUCCGCGGCCACCGCCGCUGGUGGUAUCGGCAUCCUCUUCGUCUCGGCUAUCCCUGCCAUGUAUCGUCUCGGCCUGCUUUCGGAACUGCCCAAGCAUGAUAUCGGUAAACUGAUCGCACUCACCGUCAGCGCUGGCUUCUUCGGUGUCUUCUUCGUCAUCCCGCUCCGCAAGUACUACAUCGUCAGGCAGAAGCUGACCUUCCCCACACCCGCCGCUACCGCCAUCACGAUCCGCGCGCUGCACAACACCCGCACAGGUGCGAUUGCCGCGCGCAAGAAAUCAAUCGCGCUCUUGUCCGCCUUCGCCAUCGUGUUCGUGUUCAAGGUCAUGACUGGAUACGCCCCCGGCGUCAUCUUCGACUGGCACAUUGGCUGGACCCUGUACCGCCUCGGCUUCACCAGCAUCAUCUCUCUCGAAAACUAUGGCUGGUUUAUCGAGUUCACGCCCGCGUUCUUCGGUGCCGGUAUGCUUUCUGGUAUUAAUGCCUCUUGGAGCUUCUUCGGUGGUUCUGUCCUCGCGUGGGGCGUCAUCGCUCCUUCGCUAGUCAAGAACGGCCUUGCCUUCGGUAAGGCCAUCUCGGACGAAUAUCCGCUCAUCACCUAUAACUCGCUCGCGUUCAAUGAUCCGAAGCUCUACACUACCCACCCCUCGCCUCGUUACUGGCUCCUGUGGCCUGGCGUCUUCAUGAUGAUGCUCUACUCGUUCGCGGACCUCGCCAUCAACUCUGGCUCCGUUAUCGAGAACCUCCGCAAGACUGGCUUCAGCAUCGACCCGCGCACGUGGUUCCGCGAGGACCCGAAUUACGACGCCGCCACCGACGAAGACCUGUCCCCCCGCGAGGACCGUGUGCCUACGCUCUGGUGGACUGGCGGCCUGCUCGCGUCGAUCAUCAUGUGCUGCGCGAUCCUUGCGAAGAUGUUCUCCAUGAACGUCGGCGAGGCUAUCCUUUCGCUCGUCCUCGGCUUCCUCUUCUCCUUCAUCGGCGUGCAGGCGGCCGGCACGACGGAUAUCAACCCCGUUUCGACCGUCGCGAAGGCGUCCCAGCUCAUCUUCGGUGGCAUCGGCAAGGCCGCACACCUGUCCCAGAACCCCGCCCAGACCAUGAACUUGACCGCGGGUGUCAUCGCCGCCGGCUCUGCCGCCCAAUCGACGGACAUGACGGGCGACCUGAAGACCGGUUACCUGCUCCGCGCGAAGCCCCGCAACCAGUUCGUCGCGCAGCUCUGCGGCGCCGUCGUGGCCGUCUUCCUCAACGUCGGUCUGUUCAUUUUGUUCACCACCGCCUCUCCGUGCAUCCUCUACCCGCCCGCGUCCGGGGACUGCACAUACGGCGCGCCCUCCGUCAGCGCGUGGGCGGCCGUCGCCUCCGCCGUCUCCGCGCCCAAGCUGCCCAUCCCCUCGUCUUCCGGCUAUACCGCGAUUGGGCUCGGCAUCUUCUCCGUCGUCUCCGUGGUCGUCAAGUAUUUCUUCAUCCCGAAGCAGUACUGGCAUUGGGUGCCGAACUGGAACGCGGUCGGGCUCGCGUUCGUCACCCCGCAGGUGUACUACUCGAUCGCGAUGGCUGCCGGCUCGGUGUUCAACUACCUCUGGGCGCUGCGCAACCCCUCGAGCUUCGGCAUGUACAUGUUCGCGGUCGCCGCGGGCAUGCUCGCUGGGGAGGGUCUCGGGGGCGUGCUGCAGGCGCUGCUCGCCGUCGCGAAGGUGGACGGGUCCCUCUACGGCACCGCCAUCGGCUGCCCUGGGUUCGAGUUCUGCGGGUAGUCUGAGAUACUCAUCCCUUCCGUUACUUAUGCAUAGGGUAUGGAGGCGUGUUAACGUUGAAGACGUCCCUCUCCGCAACAAAUAGAGUUGUAUGUAACUCGCAUCAUGACUUACGUGUUAUUCGUCUAGGUGUGUCUCUGUUGUAGCUAAUGUAGUGUACAGGAUCGAUGUGGCACUCGGGACACGAGCCACGGCCUAUUUAGCCCGCUGUAAUCUACU